CAAAGGAAAUGGACAGACCAGACCUGGAUCCAAAGCCAAGAUGCCUCUUCAGACCCUGCAUAUGACUUCAGAGAAUCAGAAGAGGGUGAAAGAACUUCUUCGUGAGCUCCAAGGCCAAGACUUCCCUGCUUGUUCAGAGGUAUCUGUAUCAGGUGGAGAUGAUAGUGAUGAACCAGAUUACUUGGAUGAUGAGCAGUGUUAUCCAGAAAACCAAUCCGUUUCUCAAACUACCACAAGUGCUUCUUUUCAACCACCUGUGAACCACAUUUCAGAGACUGAAGUGUCUUCUUUUGCUGUGAACAAACUUUCCAGGUAUGGCUUUGAUGGCGAGCGAUGCCAGGCAGUUCUGAGGUCCUAUCAUGGUAACAUUGGGGCAUCAUUGGAGCACUUGCUACUGCAGUGCUUCUCGGAGAAAUUUGGACAGAGGAUGCAAAUCACAGAAAGGGCUGCUCAGGCGAAUAUUGAAAACUGUUUGGAACAAAGACAGGAAGAGGCUUUUGCCCUCUGUUCCAUCUGUGGAGACAAAUUUGUGGAAAGAAUUCGAAACAAAGUUUGGACAGUUGCGUUAGACCUGGUGUACCUCACAGAUAUUCUCAGUCAGUCAAAGCAAAGGAAUAGCAAUACCAACAAUGGGCUGAAACCGGCUUCCUUGGAAGUUUGUAAACAUUACCUCCGAGGAGAUUGCAAGUUUGGAUCAAAAUGCAGAUUCAAGCAUGAAAGUCCGCACCAGCAAUAUGGGCUUCCAAGCAUUAAAGAAGAUGCUCACCUCAAACUGAACACUCCUGUGUAUGAACUUGAAAUAAGAUUUCCUGAGGGUAACAAAUAUCCCUACCAGCCACCCCUUGUGGCAUUCUAUUCUACUAAUGAGAACUUGCCUCUGGCUUGUCGGUUACACAUUGCUGAAUUCCUAUAUGAAAAGGCCUUAAUGGCAUCCGAGUCUAAUGAACCUGUUAUUUAUGCCUUAAUAACAUGCUUAGGGGAUGAAGCUGAGGUAACAAAAUUGCUUACCAAGACUUCCCACAUAUACAGUGUCCCUCCUCUCCCUCUGUUGGCGACAUCCUCGGGAAGAAUGGCAGCAGAUCCUGAUAAGCGAGCACCUUCAAAUAGCUCAUGUACUGCAUAUCAGAAUUCUGAAGCUACAAAAGAAUUAGUGUUGGAAGAAGAGGAAGAGGAUGGUGAGGAAGUACAGACUGUUCAUGUAGAGAGUGAGAGUUAUGUGAACUUCAAAAAGAAUCUCCUGAGGAAGUUCAGCACUCAAGCAAAGUCCAUUGGCAAAGAGAAUGUUAAAAUCUGCAAACAAUUCAGCUUAAAGAAGUCUUCUAGGCACUACCAGGCUGUGUUGCAAGAAAGGCAAAACCUUCCUGCAUGGGAAGAGAAGAACACCAUUCUUCGCUUGCUGAACAAACAUCAAGUCUUGGUGGUUAGUGGUAUGACUGGAUGUGGAAAGACCACUCAGAUUCCUCAGUUUAUCUUGGAUUCUUCAUUAGAAGGACCUCCCAGUAAGGUAGUCAACAUCAUCUGCACCCAGCCUCGGAGGAUCUCUGCCAUUUCUGUGGCUGAACGAGUAGCCAAGGAGCGAAUGGAGAGAGUUGGGGUCACAGUUGGAUACCAGAUCCGGCUAGAAAGCGUCCAGUCUUCAGCUACUCGGUUGUUGUACUGUACUACUGGAGUGCUUCUGAGAAGACUAGAAGGUGACCUGACUUUACAAGGAGUCACCCAUGUUAUUGUUGACGAGGUACACGAGAGGACAGAAGAAAGUGAUUUCUUGUUGCUGAUUUUGAAAGAUGUAAUGGUUCAGAGGCCGGAUCUCCGUAUCAUUCUAAUGAGUGCAACUCUGAAUGCAGAACUCUUCUCUCAGUACUUUAACUCCUGUCCAGUUGUUAACAUACCAGGCAGGACGUUCCCUGUUGAUCAGUUUUUUCUGGAAGAUGCAAUUGCAGUGACUCGGUAUGUCUUGGAACAUGGCAGUCCAUACAUGCGUAGUGCCAAAAAAACUGCCGGCCAGAAUCCCAAAGAAAGGCACUUAAGGACUGCUGCGGAAGAGGUGGAGAACGACCUGAGGCGUGCCGGCCUUCUGCAGAGUGCGGAAUACUGCAGUACGGACUGCAAGGUCAAGGAUUCAGCCCCAGAUCAGCAGUUAACGGUCCAUCAGCUAAUGAUACGCUACAAAGGUCUCAGCACAUCAGUGUUAAAAACAAUGGCAUCCAUGGAUUUGGACAAAGUGAAUCUUGAAUUAAUUGAGGCCUUAUUGGAGUGGAUUGUCGAUGGCAAACAUUCAUACCCACCAGGUGCAGUACUGAUAUUUUUGCCAGGCUUGGAAGAAAUUAAAACCCUUUAUAAGCAACUGCAGUCGAAUGCACUCUUCAAUAACCGGCACAGCAAACGCUGUGUGGUUUACCCACUCCACUCCUCACUUUCCAGUGAAGAGCAACAGUGUGUGUUCCUGAAGCCUCCUGUGGGGGUGACCAAGAUCAUCAUAUCGACAAACAUCGCAGAAACUUCCAUUACCAUUGAUGAUGUGGUCUAUGUUAUUGAUUCAGGCAAGAUGAAAGAAAAGAGAUAUGAUCCAAGUAAAGGUAUGGAAAGCCUGGAGGAUACAUUUGUGUCCAAAGCCAAUGCCUUGCAGAGGAAAGGGCGAGCAGGCCGUGUCGCCUCUGGAGUGUGUUUUCAUCUCUUCACUAGCCAUCAUUAUAACCACCACCUUUUAAAGCAGCCGCUGCCCGAAAUCCAAAGAGUGCCUUUGGAACAGCUCUGUCUUCGAAUUAAGGUUUUGGAAAUGUUGUCCACACAAAGCCUUCACUCUAUUUUAUUGCGAUUGAUUGAACCACCAACAUCGGAAUCUCUAAGUGCCUCAAAACUGCGGCUGCGGGAUAUAGGAGCCUUAACAUCGGAUGAAAAGCUCACUCCCUUGGGGUAUCAUUUGGCUUCCUUGCCUGUUGAUGUAAGGAUUGGGAAGCUAAUGCUGUUUGGCACCAUCUUCCGCUGCCUGGAUCCUGCACUGACUAUAGCAGCGAGCCGGACCUAUAAGACCCCCUUUGUCUCUCCGUGGGACAAAAGAGAGGAGGCAUUCAAGAAAAAGCUGGAAUUUGCAGUAGGAAACAGUGAUUAUCUAGCUCUUCUCCAAGCAUAUAAGGGAUGGCGUCUAGCUUCAAAAGAAGGCUUUCAAGCAAGUUACAACUUUUGCAGACAAAACUUCUUAUCAGAAAACGUUCUACAGGAAAUGGCAAGUUUAAAAAGGCAAUUCACAGAGCUCCUGUCCGAUAUUGGGUUUGUGAAGGAGGGACUCAGAGCCAAAGACAUUGAGAGGAAGUGGUCUCACGGAGGUGAUGGCAUUCUGGAUGCUACAGGAGAAGAGGCAAAUGCCAACUCGGAGAAUGUCAAGUUGGUAUCUGCCAUAUUAUGUGCUGCUCUGUAUCCCAAUGUAGUUCAGGUGAAAAUUCCAGAUGGGAAGUAUCAGAAGACCAGUGCGGGAGCUGUUAAGAUGAAACCAAAAGCCGGAGAGUUGAAAUUUGUUACAAAAAAUGAGGGUUAUGUUCACAUUCAUCCGUCCUCUGUGAACUAUCAGACCAGGCACUUUGAGAGUCCCUACUUGGUGUAUCACGAGAAGAUAAAAACCAGCCGGGUGUUCAUUCGGGACUGCAGCAUGGUGUCGGUCUACCCGCUGAUUUUGUUUGGAGGUGGCCGUGUUAAUGUGCACCUCCAGAAGGGUGAGUUCGUGGUUUCCCUGGACGAUGGGUGGAUUCGGUUUGUUGCAGCUUCACACCAGGUGGCAGAACUAGUAAAAGAACUUCGCUGUGAGCUUGACCAACUACUCCACGAUAAAAUCAAAAAUCCCAGCAUGGAUUUAUUCACCUGCCCCCGUGGAUCUCGUAUCAUUAGCAUGAUUGUAAAGCUUGUGACAACACAGUAACGUCAGCUACAGAGGAUUUAUUACAAAGACUCCCCAGCAACACUUGCUUGGAA